AUGAAGCAUGCAUUGUUGUUGCUCUUUAUGAUAUCGGCACAAUGGCCAAUGAUGGAUUACAUUAUCUAUCACAUCGACGAUUUACCGCUGGCGACGGCUUGUCUCAGCAUCCUCUUCACCAAUGUGCUGACGGUCAUUAAGACCUCAACUUUUCUGGCCUACAAGCAUGAAUUUAAUCAGCUUAUGUUGGAGUUUGAGAUGAUGUACGAUGAAUUGCACGAAGCGGACGCCAAGCGAUUGUUAGUGGCGGCCAAUGUCGGCGCAAAACGAUUUGUCAAACUGUACUUUUAUAGUGUCUCAUGCACGGGUGUGUAUUUCACAAUCAAUCCGCUGGUCGGCAUGAUUUGGGACAAGUUGCAGGGUAAAUCGGUAUUGCUGGAGCUACCGAUGCCAAUGAGAUUUCGCUUUGAUUUCGAAUCGACGCCAGGCUAUCAACUCGCCUACGCCUAUACGAUUCUUAUCACCAUUGUAGUGGUGAUUCAUGCAACAUCUGUGGACGGUCUGUUUGUUUCCUUCACCACAAAUAUGCGCGGCCAUUUUCAAGCUUUGCAACAUUUCAUAGAGACAAAUACAUUCGACAAAUCUGAUGCGCUUCUACAGCAGGAACUUCGCGCCUAUGUUCAGUACCAUGUGCGACUGCUGUCGCUGGCCAAAAGCGUACAACGCAUAUUCAAGCCAAUAAUUUUCGGACAAUUUCUGAUGACCUCGCUGGAAGUUUGUGUCAUCAUUUAUCAGCUGGUAACGCACAUGGGCGUUUUCAUGGAAAUGGUCGUUUAUUGUACUUUUCUAAGCUCAAUUUUGAUGCAGUUGCUGAUUUACUGUUACGGCGCUGAGUUUCUGAAAAUUGAGAGCUCGGCCGUCGGUACGGCUGUCCAAAUGUCGCAGUGGUAUAAUUUACCGCCUCGCCAUCGUCAUGUCCUGCGGCUCAUUUUGCUUCGUUCGCAGCGUGAGAUCAUCAUUAGGGCGGGCUUCUACGAGGCAUCGCUGGCCAAUUUUAUGAGCAUUUUGAAGGCCGCCAUGUCUUACAUCACUUUCAUACAGUCCAUUGAGUAG